AAAUAGGGUAAUGACGUGGUGGUACUUGCGCUACCUCAACGGGAACCGACAUCAGCGACCAAGGCGAAUGAAAGCACUUCCCUAUGCAUGCACUAACAUUAGACCCGUCAUCAGCAGAAGAUUGCAGCAGCAGCAACUUUCAAGAAUCGUCGCAACGUCCUGCACUACCACCACAAGCACCAUCGUCGUCGGUAGUGCUACCAACACUACCAACCACCACGGUACCGGUACCGUCCACGUUAUCGACAGCUGCGGCAAACAAUACCGUUCCAUCGCCGAACCAAUUGCGACGUCAGCAGUUUCCGGGCCGCACAAAAGCACAACGUCAUCGUGGUGCAGUAGUAGCGAACAGUACGGUUUCCGUCACUCCUCCGGACCAUCAGGGCGAUGACACGGCGGACGCACAGUGCACGGUGGUAACGGAACGGCCGCUACCACCAGCAGAAGAAAAUGGUAACGUGGCAACGGUUGUGCACGAACAGCAGCCAGCAGCAAGUGAUAACGGACAGUUGUUGAGUAGUGGUGCGGUGGAUGAAAAGACCCGUCGGUACAAUCGCAUCAGCAUGAUAAUCAUUUACGGCCGUGAGGUGCUCUGCAUACUGGCCCUCAUACUUACCACGUACGCGACGAUCCAGAACAGUCCGCCGAAAAUAUCGAAAGCCCCUCCACCGGUGCCAUUCUUUGCGAAGGGUUCGCUGGUGAACGAUUGGCCCACCGGUGCGCUCGGGACGACGCAAACGCGCGUAUCCGUGUCGGAACUUUCGCUCGUCCUGUACUAUGCGCCCUGGUGUGCGGAAAGUCAGUUUGCGCGCCAUGCGUACGAGCGGGUGGCCCAGCUGUACUAUCGGGAGGCACAUUUUGCCGCCAUCAACUGUUGGCAGCCGGGUGGUGAGUGUCGGGCACGGUACACGAAGGUACAAUCGUGGCCAGUGCUGAUGGCAUACCAACCGAGCGGGCUCGCUAUACAGUAUCAUCAAGCAUGGACGACGGCCGCCCUGUCACGGUUUAUGCAAUCGUUAAUGUUGCCACUGCACCGGUUUGGUAGUCCGGGUGAUCUUAUGGAUCAUAUGACCGGGAAGGAUGCUGUAUUAGUCAUAUUUUUAGACGUGGCAAAGCAUAGCAAACUCUACCAGCGUUACUAUCAAGCGUCACUGAAAUGGCUCGAAAAGGAUCCGUUCCAGCAGGUAUCGUUCGGCGUCGUGACGGGCCAGUCUUCCAAACUGUUUGGCGUUGAUACCGUCCCCUCGAUUCGCUUGUACCUGUGGAAUGAAACCAUUGAGUACGAUGGAACUGAUCCCUGGAAACCGCAGGAUCUUAUCGCUUGGGUCCACAAACAACUUCACGUAGUGUCAAUGUGGAUUGCUCCACCCGGUAACCUUAAAUCGACCACACUCGCUCCAUAUCUAAGGCAAGGUCCGGUGCUGCUCCUAUUCUCUCCAAGACCACUGUACGAAGACAGUUCCGAUGCUUACAUGAUGCUUAGACAGCUCAGCAUGCAAUACUACAACUGUCCUGGCGACGCUUGGAUAUUGGAAAUGGCUCGUGAAUACAUUUCCGACCAGCGAACAUCGAACGCGGCACGAUAUGUCGAAAAACGUGACCAUUGUGCACGUAUCCUUGGACGGCAUCCUUCACAGGAGGACGAAGAUACACCCGGAAGUCAUCGAUAUGGACGGAACAGGUGUAAAGACGGUUUCAAAUCGACCGUUUCCGUAUCGUUCGUGAAUGUGCUCAAUUCGUCAAAGUUUGUCGAUGGAAAACCGGUUGGUGGGAAGGCAUCGGCACGGGAUUAUUGUGAUAUUGCGCCAGCGGUGGGUUGUGGAACGCACGAGGAGUGUGGUACAUUUGGUCCGGAUGCAUCCCGCAAGCCUAGCCUUAUGUGGCAAACGGAUGGAUGCUCAUCCAGAAGACAUAAUGAGGUGGAUACAAGCUACGAGCAAGCGCAAUCGAUCGUUACGUCAAUGGUUGAUUCUGAGCACGACUAUCGAGGACCAAAGUUACUGGCAAAACAAAGUCUUCGCAGGCAGUGUGAGCUGUUGCAGUUGGCCGAAGCGGAAAAGAGUAAUGUUUUCUUCAGUGAACCGGCGCGACAGAAAGAUUCGGUAGAUUAUUACUCCGCGAUAGGAGGAUUGUCCUGUAAGCACAACAAAACGCUUACCUUUAUCAGUAUGGACAGUGGGCUUUAUCAUGCGUUCGGUGAGCGGCUUGGUGUAGAUGUGCUGAAGGAACCAAACCGUACCGUCGCGUUUAUCGUCGAUCAUACCGAUGAGUCUGCAUAUGUGCUGCGCGAUCCUAUCAAUCUGUACAGCUUGUCGAAAUUUGUGCACGAUUACUACAAUCGAUCGUUGGAGAGAUUACUACGAUCAAAGAGCACGAUCUACGAACAUACGCACGCAUUUAAGGUGGAACAGUAUGUAGAACAGGAACAAGCUUACGUCGAUCGGCACCGAACAGUACUCGAUGCUGCCAAAGCAAAAUCCAGAGCAGAAGAAGAAUCCAAAAAGCGAGCCGAGAAAAGGCAGCUAGCAAGCACUUCCGACUCGGAACGCUCUCCAAACCCAUCUAGAGAAACGGAAGAAAUCGAUCGAGUACGCAUGCCGCAUGUUUACCAUCGUGUGCGUGAGAUUUACUCGAGCAACUUCCAGCGUACCGUGCUCGACUCGAACCGUACCGUUGUGGUCAGCUUCUACUCAGCCCAGUGUGCCUUCUGCUACAUACAAGCGCACCAUUUGCUUACCGUGUCGCGCCUGUUGCGCCAUCAGCCGAAUCUGUGGUUUGUGCGGAUCGAUGGUGAACUGAACGAUCUACCGUGGCAGUACACGAUGGAUGUGUUUCCUUCGCUUAUUAUUUUCCCCAAUGGAAGGAAAGCGGAAAGUCGUAUAUUUCCCGAAACGCUUAAAGUCAACGUACCAAACAUAAUCGGAUUCGUCCUUUCCAAUCUUGUGCCAGCAGAACGGUUACAUGCCACCUUUUUGCUCUGCUCCGAUGUGAAUAAUGCAUCGCGCAACGAUUGCUUGCACAUGCUCAAGCGCGAACUAACCGAUGCCAUCCGGUUAAGCUUGCUCGAAUGGCGCCACCAUUCAACAGAUGCCUGCAAACGGGAUCGCAUCGUCCGUCGGCUGCAGCUACUGAAGCAAUCGUACCUUGGCACGCUGCGCUGUCUUAGUCAUUCCUGUGAUCUUACACAACUGGUAAACGUUAGGAAGCGUAUCCUCAACCUCUGGACGGGAGAACACUGUCGUACGCGCAGCAGUCGUAGCAGCAACAGGACAGAGGGAACGCUGUAA